AUGGACACAGCAAGAUCUAGAAAGGCCAUUGCCAUCGGUCUCGGCGCCCUGCUCUUCCUCAACCCUAUCCUUGUCGCUGCCCAGAACGACAACAACAACAAUAACAGGCCACACCAGGAACUCGAACGUUUUGUCGCCCUCUCCUCCGACCAUGCAGUCUAUGAUUCUGACGACUUUUCCUUCCAGGAACUGGCUGCGUCUGCUGUAUCACCCUUCUGCAAAUCAUUCACGUUUCUCUGCCAUGUCCGCUGUCUCCAGAGAGGCGACGCCAAGGAUCCAACCAACGCAAGCACCCCAUCUGCGGGUCAGACGGUGUUCAAGGGUGAGAUCAACCGAUGCACCCAUGUCCCCAACACCAACACCAACCGAGUCCUCUGUCUCUGCAACAAUGGUGUCGAUCUUACGGCGGAGGUCGAUUAUGCGUUGGAGGGUGUUGUCGAUAUCGAGGCUGCUGGAGGAGAUGGAGUCGGAACUGGAGAAGCUGGCAAGAUCCGUAAGGUGGUCUAUAGUGCUACCAAGACUCUGACAAAGGUUGUCACAAUCACCCAGAUGGUGACCACUACUGUUACCUCUGUUGCACCAGCACCCGCAUGCAUUACCGUCACCGAAGCUGUAGCAUUUAUCGCUGAUUCCUUGGGAACAACGCCAAUCGCCAAACCCGUACCGACUCCACCACCCGUCGAGGCAGGCAAGCCCGAGGAGCAGGACGACGACGAUGAGAAUGGAGUCUCGGCUCGCAGCGAGAGCGUCACCAGGAUAGGCGCUCAUCAUGGAUUCGCCAAAGUGAAGAAGGACCCUGCUCGGCAGGGGGGGCCGAGUAUGGCGGCGAACAGCAAGGCUCUGUCUCAAUUUGGAGUGGUUGCGCAAGAGCUGGGUCAAACAGGUGAUUUGGCCAACGACUCGGACGCAUACCAGGAUCCGUACCUGGAGCAGGAGCUGGCGGGUAUGUUUGGCAACGGUGAAAUGCAGGCCUAUGAGGAUGAGGCGGAGGUUGAGGCCGAGGAGGAGCAAUACUCUAAACCCAGUCAGGACAGGGACGAAAACGACGAAGAUGAUAGCUAUGACUAUGACAGCGACGAGGACGAAGAUGGGGUCGAUAAUGAAGGACAGCAUACGUUCCGCGCUGCAUCGGCCGAUGAUCGAGAGUACGAGGAUGAGGAUGUAGAAGAAACAGGAGCUGGAGGGGUGGAAGUGGGCGAUGAUGACAAAUAG